UCUUAUUCCAUUUUUUUUUUGUUCUCUCUCUAUACAAAUUCAUUCUUCUUGGUUCACCUUUAUUUUCUUCCCCUUCCUCCUUCUUCUUUAGACAGCCCCCACUUUACCUUUUCCUCUCUUAUUUUCUUUCUCUCUUCACUUUUCCGCCUUUUUUUUUUCUUUCUGUUUUCCUCCCUCCCGUUUUCUGCUCCCAGAAACAAGAAAAUUUGCAGUUUCUCUCACUCUGAUUGGAUCUGCUGCUACCUACUCAUUCCGAUUUCAAUUCCUUUAUUGUUGUGAAUUUCGAUUCCGCUAUUUUUGCAGCUCGAGGUUGCUUUUUUGUUCUUCGUUUCUCGGAAUUUUUUUUGGUAAAAAAUUUUGUUUUGCUGAUUCCGACACAAUCGGAAAUUGAUUGCUGCCGUCGUUGCUUCUUUCCAGGGAAUUUGUGUUAUAUUUAAGCUAGGUUUUGGAGGAGCAAAGAGUAGAACAACAAUAUGGCCGUUUCAAUGAGAGAUGUGGAUCCAGCUUUCCAGGGGGCUGGACAAAAGGCUGGACUCGAAGUAUGGCGUAUUGAGGAUUUUAAUCCAGUUCCUGUCCCCAAGUCCUCUUUCGGGAAGUUUUUCACUGGGGACUCCUAUGUGAUCUUAAAGACAACUUCGUCAAAAAGUGGUGCUCUUCGGCAUGAUAUCCAUUAUUGGCUUGGUAAAGACACCAGUCAGGAUGAAGCUGGUGCUGCAGCCAUUAAGACAGUUGAGCUAGAUGCAGCUCUUGGAGGACGAGCUGUUCAAUAUCGUGAAGUACAGGGCCAUGAAACUGAAAAGUUCCUGUCUUAUUUCAAACCAUGUAUUAUACCACUAGAAGGUGGAGUUGCUUCUGGUUUCAAACAUCCUGAGGCAGAGAAACACAAGACACGAUUGUUUGUAUGCAGAGGGAAACAUGUUGUACAUGUCAAAGAGGUUCCAUUUGCUCGAUCUUCACUCAACCAUGAUGAUAUUUUUGUUCUUGAUACGGAGUCAAAAAUCUUCCAAUUUAACGGUUCCAAUUCAUCUAUUCAAGAAAGGGCUAAAGCUUUGGAAGUUGUACAGUAUAUUAAGGAUACCUACCAUGAGGGAAAAUGUGAGGUAGCUGCUAUUGAGGAUGGAAAAUUGAUGGCUGAUCCUGAAACUGGAGAAUUCUGGGGUUUCUUUGGGGGAUUUGCUCCUCUUCCACGCAAAACUGUUGGCGAAGAUGAAAAGCCUGCUGAUUCUCGCCCACCAAAGCUGCUUUGUGUUGAAAAAGGACAGGCAGAACUUGUUGAAACUGAUUCUUUGAAAAGAGAAUUACUGGAUACAAAUAAAUGCUAUAUUCUGGACUGUGGGUUGGAGGUGUUUGUCUGGAUGGGAAGAAACACCUCCCUUGAUGAAAGAAAAAGUGCAAGUGGAGUAGCAGAUGAUUUAGUCAGUGGCACUGAUAAAUUGAAACCUCAAAUAAUUCGUAUAAUUGAAGGAUUUGAAACAGUAAUGUUCAGAUCCAAGUUUGAUUCUUGGCCUCAGAUCACUGAUGUAACCGUUUCUGAAGAUGGACGUGGCAAGGUAGCAGCACUUCUAAAACGUCAAGGAGUGAAUGUCAAGGGUCUCUUGAAAGCUGAUACAGUAAAGGAAGAACCUCAACCUUACAUUGAUUGCACAGGACAUUUGCAGGUUUGGCGUGUGAAUGGUCAGGAAAAGAUCCUUCUUCAAGCCUCUGAUCAGUCAAAAUUUUAUAGUGGGGAUUGCUACAUCUUUCAGUAUACAUACCCUGGAGAAGAUAAAGAAGAUUGUCUUAUAGGGACAUGGAUUGGAAAGAAUAGUGUUGAGGAAGAUAGAGCUUCAGCAAAUUCCUUGGCUAGCAAAAUGGUUGAGUCAAUGAAGUUCCUGGCAUCCCAGGCACGUAUAUAUGAAGGCAAUGAACCCAUUCAAUUUCAUACUAUACUACAAACAUUAAUUGUUUUGAAGGGUGGACUUAGUGAUGGAUACAAGACUCACGUUGCAGAAAAAGAAAUUCAAGAUGAGACAUAUAAAGAGGAUGGUGUUGCACUAUUCCGCAUCCAGGGCUCUGGACCAGACAACAUGCAAGCUAUACAAGUUGACUCAGUUGCAUCCUCCUUGAAUUCCUCUUAUUGUUACAUACUUCAUAAUGGGCCUGCUGUCUUUACAUGGUCUGGAAGUGCUACAACUGCAACAGACCAGGAACUUGUUGAGAGGAUGCUGGAUUUGAUAAAGCCAAAUUUACAAUCCAAACCACAAAGGGAAGGUACAGAAUCUGAACAAUUUUGGGAAUUGUUAGGAGGAAAAUCAGAAUAUCCGAGCCAAAAGAUCACUAGGGAGGCUGAAAGUGAUCCUCACUUAUUUUCUUGCAACUUCUCAAAAGGAAAUUUGAAGGUGACAGAGGUGUACAACUUUUCCCAGGAUGAUUUGAUGACAGAAGACAUUUUCAUUUUGGAUUGUCACUCGGAAAUCUUUGUCUGGGUUGGCCAGCAGGUUGAUCCCAAGAGUAGAAUGCAGGCUCUGACAAUUGGUGAGAAAUUUCUUGAGCACGACUUUCUCCUGGAGAAGUUAUCUCAUGUGGCUCCAGUAUAUGUUAUCAAUGAAGGGAGUGAGCCACCGUUCUUCACUCGCUUCUUUAAAUGGGAUUCUGGAAAAUCUGCAAUGCUGGGAAAUUCAUUUCAGAGGAAGCUUACAAUAGUGAAAAAUGGAGGUGCUCCACUUCUGGAUAAACCCAAGCGGAGAACACCUGCAUCUUAUGGGGGAAGGUCUAGUAGUGUGCCUGAUAAAACUCAGCGUUCUUCCCGCAGCAUGUCUGUUAGUCCUGAUCGAGUACGUGUGAGGGGCAGGUCUCCAGCUUUUAAUGCACUUGCAGCUAAUUUUGAGAACCCUAAUGCCAGGAAUCUCUCAACUCCGCCGCCAGUAGUUCGAAAGCUGUAUCCGAAAUCUGUCACGCCAGAUUCUGCAAAAGCAGCACCAAAAUCUGCUGCCAUAGCUGCUCUUAGCUCUAGUUUUGAACAACCACCUUCAGCACGAGAAAGUAUGAUACCUAGGUCAGUUAAAGUGAGCCUUUCUACUAACAAAUCAAAUCCCGAGACAAAUGACAAGGACAAGGAGAGAGAGAAUUCUGUGACCAAUAAAGUGGAAUCCCUAUCCAUAAAAGAAGAUGCUAAAGAGGAUGAAGCUGAAGAUGAAGAAGGCCUCUUGAUAUACCCAUAUGAACGCCUCAAGAUAACAUCUACGGAUCCUGUAACAGACAUUGAUGUGACUAAACGUGAGACUUACCUAUCAUCUGCGGAGUUCAAAGAGAAAUUUGGGAUGACAAAGGAUGCAUUUUACAAGUUGCCCAAAUGGAAACAGAACAAACUUAAAAUGGCUGUUCAGUUAUUCUGAUUCACAAGUUCAUUUUUCCUUCUGUCAACUGUCUAUGGGUCUGGUUGCAGUGAGGAACAGAAUGUGGAAGUAAAAGGGACAGCAUCAGUGUUUUUUUAGCUUAGCUGCUUCUGCUCCCAAGAAACUUUUCAUGAAGAGAAACUAGAGAUUUUUCACCUCUAUUUUUCCUUGCAUCGGUUUGAAUAUUUAGGGUUAUUUCUUGUUGAGUUAGUUGUUUGGUAUUAAUUUUAUAGGUCAAAGGUUGUUUGUGAGCUUGCCUUUAUUUAUUUAUUAUUUUUUCUUUGAGGGUUUUAUUUUAGUUUCCAUCUUAUUUUUUAAUUUAUAUUGUUUUGGCAAAGCAAUUGGGUUUGCAAAUGCGGUCUACCUAGAUUGUAUUGAUAUUGAGGAUUAAGUGUGUACAGCAGAGUGUAAAACCAGUAAAACUUUUGUUUUGGAAAUAAAGUGUGAUUCUUUCUUCUUC